GCCGAGUUGAAGGCGGGGGCGACGCGCGUCUCCCUCACCGGAAGUGACCGCAGAGUCUGUCGAACAGCAGGACUGAACCGGCAGAGGCACCGGGGGGGCAGAGAGAGGAGCCGGCGAACGAUAGAACCAACGGUCUGCGGGAUGAAACUUUGACGAUUGUUAGUCACACGCCUGCUGACACGACUGAACACCACUGAAACUCCUUGAAGUCCAGGGGUCCUGUCGACUACUCCGUUGUGGCCACUGUYGAGAGGGAAAAAGAGCAAGAAAACCAGAGACUCCUGUGGGUCAGCAGAGUGCGGUUAUAGUUGGUGUGAACAGAUUUUUCUAUGUGCGUGACAAUGGGGGACAUCAGUGACCUGGACCGUCAAAUAGAGCAGCUCAGACGCUGUGAACUCAUCAAGGAAAAUGAAGUCAAAGCACUGUGUGCCAAAGCCAGAGAGAUUUUGGUUGAAGAAAGCAAUGUCCAGAGAGUAGACUCUCCUGUCACAGUGUGUGGUGAUAUACACGGUCAGUUCUAUGACCUGAAAGAGCUCUUCAGAGUCGGUGGAGACGUUCCUGAGACAAAUUACCUCUUCAUGGGUGACUUUGUGGACCGRGGCUUCUACAGUGUGGAGACCUUUCUUCUGCUGUUAGCUCUUAAGGUGCGUUAUCCAGACAGAAUAACGUUGAUCCGAGGAAACCACGAGUCUCGUCAGAUCACCCAGGUGUACGGCUUCUAUGACGAGUGUCUGCGCAAAUAUGGCUCCGUCACAGUGUGGAGGUACUGCACAGAGAUAUUUGACUACCUGUCCCUGUCUGCGAUCAUUGAUGGCAAGAUCUUCUGCGUGCACGGUGGUUUGUCUCCUUCCAUCCAGACGUUGGACCAGAUCAGGACCAUUGACCGAAAACAGGAAGUUCCCCACGAUGGACCCAUGUGUGACCUUUUGUGGUCAGACCCUGAAGACACCACAGGGUGGGGGGUGAGUCCCAGAGGUGCAGGCUACUUGUUUGGGAGCGACGUGGUGGCGCAGUUUAACGCUGCCAAUGACAUCCACAUGAUCUGUCGAGCGCACCAGCUGGUGAUGGAAGGCUAUAAGUGGCACUUCAAUGAGACAGUUCUCACUGUGUGGUCAGCCCCCAACUACUGCUACAGGUGUGGUAAUGUGGCGGCCAUCUUGGAGCUGGAUGAGCAUCUACAGCGGGAGUUCAUCAUAUUCGAAGCAGCUCCACAAGAGACCAGAGGCAUCCCCUCCAAGAAGCCAGUAGCCGACUAUUUCCUGUAAAACCCUCUGAGCAGACAGCCCUGACUUGUCAAACUCCGGUUCCCUCCUCCCCCUCCUCCUCCUCCUCCCCCACAGUCCUCCUGCAGGUCGGUUCUGUUAGCAGACCUCUCCCAGCAGCGAGGGAGAUAACCUGCCUGACCCCGUGAAGCUUCCUCUCUCACAGCUCCAGUUUGAAGUCUUCACCCGACUGCCCGAGCCUGACUGAUGAGUUGGUGAAAGGGUGYGGCUGAACCUGGGCCCACGACUGUUUCUCUUCAGCCGUUUGUCCACCUCCUCCUCUGUACAUAGAGCUCUCCUGUCCAGCUCCACUGUCACCACGUUUCUCUGAGCUUCUUUUUGCUUUGAUGACAAACUUYGUCGUGUAGUUUUAGAGGCACUCGGAAGAAGUAAGGAUUUAUGUUCAAGAAUAUGCAGGUUGAAGACAUUUUUACAUUUUUAUCAUUUAAGGAAUUCCUUCAGUGCAUAUGUUGUCUUUAAUUUAUGUAAAAUUGUUGCUGCCAGAGAAAACCCACGUUCCAUUUAUURUUAUUAUUAUUUUCUCUUAACCGUCAUCUGUUCCGUGUGCUGAAAUGUAAGCGCUGCUGCUCGGCACCGCCAAGAAUAAAACGCCAGAAAUGUAACAAUUCUCAAGAAAACUCAUUAUAUACAUCCCCCCCCCCCYUUAAUUCUUUUUAAUCUAAACAUCUCUAGUUCUGUCAAUUUUGAUAUUGUGAGAAUAAAGUUUUGUAUUGAUGCUGA